CGAGUUGUACGGUUUUUCAGUGGUAAAACGCGCGCUUUGCCGACCGCAACCGACUGCACCAGACACACGCACACGACAGCAGCGAGCUCACGCCAAUAAUAUUACGCAACCGUCGCGGCUUUUUUUCGGCCUAGAAAAUUGUUUUUUUUUUUUUUUUAAAGGAUUUUCCUCCGGAAUUUCCCACUUUUUCGAGUCAGACUCUCACUGCCGGAAUCCGCGCGUCCAGGACACAGUUCAGCCGCAGUCGGCGCAGUGGUGGCCGCGACUACAAUAACAACAAACAACAAUCUCAUCCGUUUUUUUUUUCAUAACACAAUUUCGUACUCUUUUCCUACGCUACUAUUGAACUCCAUCGUCAUGUGCACUGAAAAUAAAUUAUACACCUCACCGGAACGCGGCAUGGUUCUUCGAGUCUAAUGCUAAUUGCAGUCGAGGUUCACGAAUGGAGCACGUGGACAAUUUCUCGAGUCACGUGCGUUGAACAGAAGAAAAUGUAAUGGGCAGCGGUCACGAUGACGGAGCUGGCAAGGUGUGGUUGGCGCAGGUCAUCUGCCGCCUGGUGUACUCUGUGUACCAGGACAACGGCAACUACUACAACAACGGUUCGGCGUCGACCGCGGCCACAACCGCCGCCGCUGCAGCCGCGGCCGCCACAGCCACCACCGCGGCCACCGCCGCCGCCAUAGCGGUGGCCGGCACCGAGAUGGUGAUGACCGCGACGACGAACGGAAACAAGUUGCUGGUGACCGAGGCCCGGGUCGACAGACUGGACUGUGGCGGCACUUGGACGCUGGACUGCCGGCGCGCUGCGGGCGCACUCGCGUGCACCGACUCACUGUCCAGGGCCACCGACGCUGAUGUCCGGCUGUAUCUGCCCGCCAGGUUGUCAGCCCACUUUGACGGACAGCCGGCCGUGUCUGUGGGCUUGCCUGAGAUGGCCCGUGGUAACGCCGUCACCGUUGUCCGUUGUGACGGUGACGGUGGCGGUGGCCACGACCACGACGACGUCAACCAGGUGACGUGUUCGAUACACGGCGAACAGUGGCCGCCCGCCACCAUCUCCACUGAAGACGAGGAUGGCCACCAACGUUCGUACAACUGGAAGUAUCUGUUCGUCGUCGUGUUCAUCGCUUCCGGUGGCGUGGGCAACAUACUCGUCUGCCUGGCCAUAUGCUUGGACAGACAACUACAGAACGUCACCAACUACUUUCUCCUGUCUCUGGCCAUAGCUGACCUGCUGGUGUGCCUGUUCGUUAUGCCACUGGGCGCCAUACCGGGAUUUUACGGUGAAUGGCCUCUGGGCGUAGCUUGGUGCAACGUGUACGUCACGUGCGACGUGCUGGCUUGCAGUUCCAGCAUUAUGCACAUGUGUUGCAUAUCGCUGGGAAGAUACCUGGGUAUAAGACAUCCACUCAGGACCAGGCAUCACUAUUCUACCAUGAAAUUGGUGUGUUUCAAAAUCGCGAUCGUCUGGUUUCUGUCAUUUUUGGUAUCGUUUUCCGUCACACUUCUCGGUCUAUCCAAUGCUAAGAACAUUAUGCCGGAUCCAGGGGUUUGCGUAAUCAACAACCGAGCUUUUUUCGUCUUUGGUUCGCUGGUCGCGUUUUACAUACCGAUGAUCAUUAUGGUGGUCACGUAUGCCCUUACUGUUCAGUUAUUGCGGAAAAAAGCCAGAUUUCUGUUGGAUGACAGUUUUGUGGACGGUCGGAGGAAUGGGUCAUCGGCGGAACCGCAUCUGUUCAGACGUUUGGGUGGCCGGUUUUCAGCCAACAAAAAUCAGAACGUUGUGACCGGAUUUCUCGCUAACAGACAGAAGCGUCAGAGCCUGGCGGCCGCCAACGCCGUUAGAACCGAACAAAAGGCCAGCAAAGUGUUGGGAGUCGUGUUCUUCACUUUCGUGUUAUGCUGGUCACCAUUCUUCUUGUUGAACAUCGUGUUUGCUGUCUGUCCAAAGGAGAGCUGCCCUGUACCAGACCACGUGACCGAGGUGUGCCUCUGGUUGGGAUACGUGUCUUCAACAAUAAACCCGAUUAUCUACACGAUAUUUAACAAGACGUUUAGAGCCGCAUUUAUCAGGUUGCUCAAAUGCCGAUGUCACAAGACCAGACCUCACCGGUACAGAUCGGUGACGGACAACCGACAUUCCGCUCUGAUAAGCACUCCGUCCGGGGCGGCUGCCGGAGCCGCCACUGUGCCGUUGUCCCUGUCGCUCCAGACCACUCCACUGAACACGUCGCCACUUGUGAAUGACGCCGCCACUACGACCUUUGCCGACACAGCCGUUGCCGUCAUGGCUGCGGCCGCUGCGUCUAAGAAAACGACAUCCACGCCCGAGUACCCAGACUCAUUUAUUGUCCAAGAAUGCCCGGAGGACAGGGCCAAAUACUGAACCUGAGUGGGCUGUGGCCGUUUCCGCUCGGACGAUGUCGUCCCGAAACUUGAAAAUAUUCGAGUACUUAUAAUAAUAUGUUGUUUUAUUGUUAUUUUGUUUUUACAGCAUAACGAUAUAAUACGUAAUAUUAGAUCUCAUAAUAUAUUAUUAUGUCCGAUCAGGCCGAGUUGUUUCGCAUACGAAGUGGACCUACAUAUUGUAAAAGACGUGUUUAGAAGGGAUUUACUAGUGUAAAUGUGUGAUAUUAACUUUCUAUAAUAUUAUAUUAUAAUUGUUGUCGCAAUCAACAUUUCAAUUGUUUUUUUAUAUAUAUAAUAAUACUAUUCCUAAAAAAAUUGAAAUUCUUGUUAUGUUGAUUACAACAAAAGUUAUCAUAUAGUUGGUUAAUAUUACAUUCGUCAGUUAAUUUCUACAGUUAAACUCUACAGCUAUAUAUGUGUGUACUAAGUAUCACUUCUGGAUUCACUUCCACUGAUGUCCCCAUCUGAAUUCAUGGUAAUAUGUAAAACCAGAGUUAUUAUUUAUUAUUAUUAUCAUAUUAAUAGACAUAUCACAAUAUGCGUCCACUCUGUCUUCCUUUGUUUCCUCCUAACCCUUUCACUUGCUUCCUGUCUGUGCACCCACCCAAGCACUCGUAUCUAUGCAUUUUCAUAUACGAUGUAAGUAAUCGAAAUAAAAACAACUGCUAACAAUGAGGAGGGCCAAUCAAUCUUUAUGAAUAGGUACCUAUCCCGUAGGAAAAACGCACACUCGCCAGAGACGGGGAAGUAAUAUUAUGUGAAUAAUCGCACCUCUCGGUGGAUGAAAAAAAAAAUAAUAAGGGUGCACUGUGGUUUUUGAUCGUUAAAUUGAUGAACUCUGGGCCUAAAAAUCCGAAUAUAGGAUAUCGGUAUAAAGAGUUUCGUAGGAUGGGUGGGAGAAACGAGAGCUCGACGAAUUCUUCGCAUAAAUAACUAUUAUACAAUUAUUAUUACUUACAAGUGGAAAAUUUUAUAUCGGUGUGUUUUUCAUUUUUAUUUUUAUUUUUAUUAUUAUGUCAAAUCUACAAUAUUUCGUAGGUUUAUAAUAAUAAAAUAGGUACGUGUUCAGGAUAUUUUAGCACGAUAUUGAGGUACACCAAAACAUUAAGAUGUUAAUAAUAUUCUUUCUAUUGUAUAAUUUUAAUAAGCUAAAGGCAGUAGUUAAUAUUUGUUAUAUUAUCAACACCGAUGUUCGUCAAACCGAUUUACUGAUUUAUAUAAUGCAUAGUUAAUAGGUAGUUAACCAAUAGGUAGUUAAAAGUAGUUACACAGUAAAUAAUAUUAUUAAGUAUAGUGCUUUUAGAAAUAAAUUAUAGAUUAUUUACCAUUGUAAAUGUAUUUUAAUAGAAAUCAUUUUUUUUUAUUAUUAUAUAUACACCAGUGUGUUAAUGUCUUAUGUUACGUUCAAAUUAAUUUAUAUUUGUUAUUCAAACAUUUGUGUUAUAAAUAUGUGCGUGGAAAUGUAGUUACUUAUUCGUUUUAAAUCUAAAACAUAUUGUAGUUAAAUAGUAUUAAUAUAAGAGUUAUUAUCAAAAAAAAAAAAAUAAAA